GGUGAUUUUUUCUGAAAUUGGUAUUUCGACAUUUUAUCUGCAGCCAUGGCGGGCGCUUUGUUCUUGCCGUGGCUUCUUCCAUCACCGGCGGCAGCGGCGCCGCCGUUCGUUACAUUUGCGGCUUCCCGCACGGCCUCUCCGCCGCCGCUUAACACGGCGAAUGUUUUCAUUGCUCCAUCUUCUUCCUGCGCUCUUAACUGCCCUCACUUUCACCACUGUUCUGGGUGUAGCCAUGAGUACAAGCUGCAUCAUCCACCCAUCGUCGAUGAAGCAAUUGAAUUCUUCAACAAAUUUGGUGUUAUCGACUUCACCUUCGAUACUUGUAGACUUUGGGGAUGGCGGUGUCGUGCAAAGCUUGCAGUUCGUGGCUCAUCCUUCCAGCCAUUGAUUGGGCUCUACGAAGAGGGCACUCAUAAUAUAGUUGAUAUUCCUGAAUGCAAAGCACAUCAUCCAAACAUCAACUCUGCUGUUGACCUGCUAAAACAAGGGAUGACUGAACUGAAUAUUGAGCCAUAUGAUGAAGACAUGGGAACUGGUGAGCUAAGAUAUGUCCAGAUGGCUGUGACAACCUACAACACAUCUCUUCCUGCAUCCGAAAGAUACAAAAACGGUAAGGUGCAGGUUUCUUUGGUUUGGAAUUCAAGAAAUGAGAACUCACCUGAUUCUAAAAAGCUAAAUGCUCUGGCUAAUUAUAUAUGGACUAAGGGAGGGCCUAGGAGGGAAGUGCAUUUGAUUCAUUCGGUUUGGGCUAACUUUCAGACAUCAACAAAUAAUAUAAUAUUUGGGAACAGAUGGAGACAUCUUUUAGGUGAGAGAGAUUUCUGGGAGCAUGUUGGAGGAAUCGACAUUUAUAUGGCACCUUCAAGCUUCGGGCAAGCAAAUACCAAGGCUUUCGAUUCUCUACUCCAAAAAUUACAAAAGUAUGUCCCUCACGGUGCAUCAGUAAUCGAUCUCUAUGCUGGUGCUGGUGUAAUUGGUCUAUCUUUGGCUGCCACAAGAAAAUGCAGAUCGGUGAAAUGUGUGGAGGUAAACAAAGAAGCAAAACCAUCUUUCGAAAAGUCCAUUUCUCGAUUACCAUCUACCUCGGAUAGCAACAUCAGCUGGUAUCAUGCGGACACUUCAAAAGAACCAAUGUCUUGGCUGAUGGGGUCUGAAGUUGUCGUCGUUGAUCCACCAAGGAAAGGGCUAGACCCAUCUCUACUUACUGCUCUAAAGUCAUUGCCAUUUAUGAAAAUCGAAAGCCCUAGGAGAAAGGUCAAAGCUGAAAAACGGCCAUGGAUUCUUCGGGAAAGAGAAGCUUCAGUGCAUAACAAUAAUGAAAUGGGAGAAGAUGAUAAGGGUGUAUUACCUCAAACUCUUAUAUAUAUAAGCUGCGGAUGGGGUAGUUUCAAAGAGGAUUGCAGUUCCCUGGUCUCUAGUAAGGCGUGGCAUUUGGACAAAGCCCAUGGUUUUAACUUCUUCCCUGGUACACAGAGCAUUGAGGUUUUGGCUGUGUUCAAAAGAGGCUCAAAGGUGAAGAAGAAGAAACCUGGAAGAAAGCCAAAUUGAGGAUCUAUGGGGAUGGAUAACAGCAAAAUGCAAGUAAUGAAAGAAAAAGAGCAUCCGAAAAGUUAGUUAUCCAAGGAUAGGGGUAUAGGGUUUAAUCCUUUCUUUGUCAAAGGCACCUUUAUGAUGAAUUAAUGGCAUUAUGGGGUAGAGAGAUGUUAUGUACCAUUAAUCUUCACUGAAAUAUGAAAUUAACACAUCUUAAUGCUA